AACAAAUACCUCCAUAUGUUUGGAUUUGUUCUGGGAAAUAACGGAGUUUUGCAUUGAUUGUAGUUAUUUCGCUUUCCAAGGAGGCUACUACAAACAAAAGUUUGGUACAGCUAUGGGCAACCCACUAUCACCCAUCAUUGCCGAUAUGGUACUCGAAGACCUCCUCAACGAAGCAUUAACUGUCGUGAACAUACCCAUCCCCUAUCUUAAAAAGUACGUGGAUGAUUUGUUCCUAUCCUUGCCACGCGAUAAAAUUGAAGCAAUAAAAACAACAUUCAACAGUUUAAAUCACCAUAUCCAGUUUACCACAGAAGUGGAAGAAAACAAGCGCCUUCCUUUCUUGGAUAUGGUACUAGUAAGGAAAGACGAUCAAACAAUUAAAACUGAAUGGUACACAAAACCAAUAGCAUCGGGUAGAUUUUUGAACUACUAUUCAUGUCAUCCAAUGCACCAGAAGAUGAAUGUAGCCAUAAACUUUGCCCAAAGAGUGUAUCGUCUUUCCACGAAUUGGAACUCGGCGAAAAUCAACAAUGUCAUCUUUCGGCACCUCAGACUAAACGACUAUCCAAAAACUCUAAUAAAUCGAAUCAUCAAUCACGUAUGCAGCAAACCAGCAGCCGAUACAGCUAUGGAAGUGAACAGAAAAACUGUCGAAACGGACUUUUACUGCUCACUCACCAACGUCGAUGGACUCACACAUAGAUUAACUAAAACAUUGCGAAAAGAAUUCCCUCGAACAAAAAUAGCCAACAAAAACACUAAAACCGUUGGUGCACUUCUACCACCGGUUAAAGACAUAACACCAAAAGAGGAACUGAGCAACAUAAUAUAUAAAAUAGCCUGUGAGGAAUGCCCCGGCUCAUAUGUUGGUAUGACGAGUACAAAACUAAAAAACCGACUCAGCGGACACCGUUCAAACAUAAAAAAACUAAACACUCUGCGAGAUGCCGGGUAUACUAACAACGACACAGCAAUAGCUUGUAUUAGAGAGAAGACAGCAUUGGUUGACCACGCAGCUGCCACGGGACAUACCUUCAGGCUAGAUAGUCCAGUAAUAAUUGAUCGCACAUUCAAAACAGCAAAUUUGCCUGUAAUUGAAAGUUGCCAUAUAAAAAACACCCAUCAUGCAGUCAACAAGAGGACAGACACGGACAAUUUACAUACAGCAUAUGGUGGUAUACUACACAUGAUACACACGAGAAAGACGAAGAGAGAACCAAAACAAACCAGACACACAAACACUAGUCUUGCUGCCGAGAGAGAGAGAGCGAGGGAUUGAGAGAAGUAACCUAAGGUAAUCACGCACAGGGUAUCAUCACACACACACCAUCAUGUAGCAAAACACAACACACUCAAAAAGAAUUGACAUUUACAAAAGUUAGCAGUUAGCUGAAAGAUAUUAACUGAACCGAAUUCAGAGGAAAAGACGAGCAUUUCGAUCCCGAUAAAACUUUACACGAUCGGAACAGAUGAUCGUAAGUACACGGAGAGAAUUCGUUCUGGCGAAAAUAAGAAUUAUAUGGUGAUUAUCUUUUAUUUGAACAGCUGAAAAACCAUAUGACAAUCCAUUGUUGUACAACAACAGAUCUGACAACAAAACAACAAUUAUCGAAUCCUUGAAAAAGGUCCCAAACGGACCGAAACGUCGGAUGAAGACAAAAUAGUUUGUUUUUGCUUAAAAAUUAGACUGCAAAGCCAUACACCU